AAUAUUUGAAUUGGAAAAUAAUGGCGAAUCAUAAAAACACAAAACGCUCGAUAGAUAAAUGAGAUGAACGAUGUACUGAUGCCACGUCAAAAGUGUGUAGUAGCUGGCAGCCCGGAUCAUUUACUUUUAUGUCGUUUGCUUCGCAUCUCAGUUCCAAUCCAACAUGGCGGUCGAAAAUUUCCGAAAGUUUUGUGUUUUGUUUCCACGCCGUGCUGUAUGAAAGAGGAUUUGGCUGUGUAAUUCGUUGCAAAUCCUAAUAAAAUUCAUGCGAAAAGUUAGAUAAAGUGAAGAACUAUAAACUACAAUAGUUAUUUCGAGUUGAGAUAUAAAUUCUGGUGAUAAAAUUAGCUUGUACCGCAAACGCGUCUGUUUUCCCUCUUAGUGGCUGGAAAAAGAAGAAGUUACGCGUAGCUUUUCCCAUGUAAACUUCUGUUCAGUUUGAAAAAAUACUCAUUGAAAGAACUGGCGGCAAACGCGUUAAGUUACAGCAUUGAGGAAUGGACAGUUACAAUAUGAUGAAUAACUCCUAUGGGAAUAUUGUGUAUAGUGGCCAAACAGGUGAAAUUACCGAGCUGCAAGGUGAACCACAGCCAGUAACUCACCAGACACAUUACAUUGAAGACCCAAAUCAUAUUUAUCAGCAACCCACUGAAGAGACGCAAUCUACAAUUGAAGUUCUGAAAGAAAAUCACUUCCAGGAGCGGGACAGCAUAAUAGCGAAUAACGUUCAAGAGCAAAGUGACAUCGAUUCGGUGGCCUAUCAAGUGAAUUCGUCAGACAUGGAGCAACCGGAUGCGACCAAGAAUCACGAUAGUGAAAUCGAGGUAGCCCCUGAAAAUACACAGUCAGAUGAGCUACCUGAAACCGCGGAAGAACCGACGAAGGAGGAAUCAAACGAUGAUAGCAAAACCGAAGAAGUGAAAGAUGAGAAUCCAGAAAACAACAAUGAAGCCGGCACGGAACAAGAUCAACCUGACGGAGAGUCGUCAAAAGAUAUUAAAGAAAACAAAGUUGCUGAUGAGGACAGCAAAAAAAUCAAAGUCUUUCGCAGAGAUGGAGAACCAGCUGAUUUGGAUGUUUGCCGAGUAUGUACGUCAAAAGAUAAUCUGUCUGAUAUUUUCGAGUUCGAAUCUUCGGUUAGGAUUUGUGAUCUAAUAAUGAAAAUAUGCACAGCGGUUCGCAUAACACAGCGGGAUCAUUUACCCCAUAAAAUUUGCAACGGGUGUGUCGAGAAAGUCAGAAUCGCUUACGAGUUUAAAACAACCUGCGAGAAUACUGAUAAGGAACUACGAAAAACAUUGAAGAGGGCUUAUAAUAAGAGUCGAAGAACAACCGAUUUCGUUAUUGUCAACUGUCCAAUGUCCGACGAGGAAGAAAAUGACGAUGAACCGCAGGACGAUGACGAGUACAAAGUUUCGCAGUCGGAAGUUGAAUCCGAGCCAGUAACAUCCGACGACAGUUUCGCACCGGCAAGUAAAAAGAAGAGAACCCCUAGACGAGGACGAGGUCGCAGGCCAAAGAUAGAAGUUACUCCGCCGACCUCGACUGGCGUUAAGCGGCGACGGGGUAGGCAGCCUGCUGCCAAACCAUCGCCUGCAACUCCUGCUGCGGCCACUCCCCGUCGAGGUCCAGGACGCCCCCCUAAAGCUUCAAAAUCACCAGGAAUUGCUAACGUGGUCUAUAUAGAAGCGCCGGAAGCCAGUUCGACGGACAGCGAAGAUGAUAAACCGAUCAAACAGCGUAAGACUCACGAUUGCACAAAGUGUGAUGAAACUUUCAAGACAGGCGUUGAGCUGAAAGAACAUCUUCAAACACAUAAGGGCGAUCUGUUCCCGUGCACAAAGUGUGAAAAAUCUUUCAAGUCGAAAGUGUACUUGUCGAAUCACUUGGAGCGGCAUGACCAGGACGAUAAGAAGCGUGAAGAGAGGAUCAAGGCGAAGGAGCUCAAGAAACAACAGCAACGGCAGAAGGAGCUUCAGAAGCGCCAGAAGGAGAACGAGGAACGUUCCAAGAGACCGAAACUGCCAGCUUCUUCUAGCAGUGCGGAAAAGAAGAAAAAGGUGGAACCCGUACCCGCCAACAGUGGGAGAGAUCUCUUCAAAUGUGUGGCGCCGGUUACUUCUACAUAUUGGAGCGAUAGCUUCUCGGAUUAAGUCGGCAAUAAUGAUGGGUUCGACUGUCAGUAGGUUCGAAACGGCUGCGAGCGUGAGGAGUGCUGCGAAUGGAACAACUAUAUAACGGAGAGUGCCAUUUUGAUUGCGUGUGAAGUGUUACACUAUUGUUUUCUUCGUUAUUUUUCUACGAAAACAGUGAUAAUCACGAGACAGAUGGAAAAUCGAAGAUGGUUUUGACAUUAUGAAUCAGUAAAUUGAUACAGACGUGGCACUGCAGUGGCUUGUAAAUAAUGCUGAUUUGUUUUAAAAGAAAUAAUGGACGGAAAAAUCAAUGUUGAGUAAGGUAUUUUCAAAAAAACUUAGUCUAUAAGUUACAUUAUCAAAUCAAUUGUUCAUACUGAGGGCAUUAAUUGCUGGUACUUUGUAGCAAAAGAAUACAAUCACCUUUUUUUAGUUUUUCGGAGCGUAGGACAUUAUUUCUCCGAUCGAUAAAAUGAUUUCAUUCACUGAUAUCUCGUGUUAUGUUUUCACAGAGAUCAGCAGUUUUACUAAACUCUAUUUAAUAAGAAAGUUGUGUGAAACACAAGGGCGUUUGCUUGUCGAUCAUUUCUUUGUACUAUCUCAAUAUCCAGGAUGCAGAUAAUUGUUUUCGUGCAAUGUCCAACCGAAAAGAGAAAACACAGUGAAGUUCACAAAUAGAAAAGCACUAGAAUCACCUAUAGACUAAACUUGUUUUAUAAUAGGAUUAAAUGCCGCCAAUUUAUGAUUAUCAGCAGUUGGAACUAUCUUUAAAGACCAUAUUCAAUAAAAGGAAGAAUAGAGAAAAAAUUGUUUUUCUU